GCUGGAUACUAUGGGUCCAGCACUUCAGGUGUGCAAUAAGACUGGGAAUCCAAUUGAGAUGAAGGCUGACAAUCGUGUGACAAUUACUCCAGAUACUACUAUAGAACCAUCAGCAGAGCUCUUACCUGUAAAUUAUACUGGGCUUGCCAAGACAGUAAAGAAGGGGGACACUAUUUUUGUGGGGCAGUAUCUCUUCACGGGAAUUGAAACCACCUCUGUAUGGCUGGAGGUUUUGGAGAUAAGGGGUCCAGAUAUCAUUUGUCUAGUCAAAAACAGCGCAUCCCUUGUAGGAUCUGUUUUUACCAUGCAUGUUUCCCAAGUCCAUAUCGAUUUGCCUACUUUAACAGACGUUGAUAGACAGGCUAUAUCAAAUUGGGGGACUCGUAACAAAGUUGACUUCAUUUCACUUGCAUAUACACGACAUGUAGAAGAUGUUCGAGAGCUCAGAGCUUUCAUUAAAGCUCAUAAUCUUCAUGAAACUCAGAUAUUUGCCAAAAUUGAGACAGUGGAGGGAUUGAGACAUUUUGAUGAGAUCCUUCAGGAAGCAGAUGGUGUUAUCCUCUCUCGAGGGAAUUUAGGAAUUGACUUAGCCCCUGAAAAGGUUUUCUUGUUUCAGAAGUCUGCCAUAUAUAGGUGUAACAUGGUUGGAAAACCUGCCAUAAUUACUCGAGUGGUGGAUAGUAUGACUGCAAAUCUACGGCCGACUCGUGCAGAAGCAACAGAUGUUGCCAAUGCUGUUCUUGAUGGAACCGAUGGUAUAUUACUGGGACCAGAAACACUUCGGGGCCUAUAUCCGAUUGAGGCAAUAAGAACUGUGGGGAGAAUAUGUGCAGAAGCUGAAGGUGUUUAUAAUCUGCCUCUUCAUUUCAAAAGAAUCGUUAAACAUGUUGGAGAGCCAAUGUCUCAUGCAGAAUCUGUUGCAUCAUCAGCGGUGCGGGCUGCUAUUACAGUUAAGGCUUCCAUGAUUGUUGUGUUCACGUCAUCGGGUAGAGCAGCAAGGUUGAUUGCAAAGUAUAGGCCAUUGGUGCCAGUGUUUGCUGUUGUCAUCCCUCGUCUCAAGACAAAUUCAUUGAAAUGGACUUUCACUGGUUCAUCACAGGCUAGGCAGUUGCUUGGUGUGAGAGGGGUCUAUCCUAUUUUGGCCAGCCCUAAUGUGGCUACAUCGGGUGGUUCUAGUGAAGAAUCUGGAUUGAAACUUGCCCUUGAUCAUGGUAAAUCUGUGGGGUUACUGAAACCUAAUGACCAGGUGGUUGUCUUCCAAAAGAUAGGGGAUUCAUCAGUUGUCAAGAUUGUUGCACUUGAAGAUCAGCACUACAUUUAAUCCUAACCGCCAUGUCCUUUUUCUUUAACCACCCUUUCAAUUUUUUCCCCACUAGAAAUGCAAAAAUUUGUACUAACAACACUAUCUCAAGCAAUCAAUAAGUACUACUCAUUUCCUUUU